CAGAGCUGGGGAAUCCCCAGCGCGGCCUCCCCGCUGCUCAUAAAGGGGCGCAGCAGACGGGGAGCCCCAGUCCAGCCAUGGCCCUCUCCGCCCCCAGUUCCCUGCGCCCAGUGCCGCUGCUGCUGCUGCUGCUGCUGGUGGUGAUGGGAGCCACCCGGAGAGCCGCAGGAGCGCCUGCCAACACCGAGCUGCGCUGCCGCUGCCUGCAGCCUGUGCGCGGGCUGCACCCCAGGAGUAUCCAGAGCGUAGCGGUGUCAGCGCCUGGACCCCACUGCCAUCAAACCGAAGUCGUGGCCACGCUCAAGGAUGGACGCGAAGCCUGCCUAGACCCGGAGGCCCCGAUGGUGCAGAGAGUCCUGCAGAGAAUGCUGAACAAGUGCGUGGGGCUAUGUGUGCACGGGGCGGGGGUCAGAUUUGAGCCCAGAAAUCAUACCCGGAACUGGGUGCAGCUGCGGGACAAGGAGCAGGGUUUCCAUCACUGACCUCCCCAGGAAGAGUAUACAUCUACCUGACCAGAAGGGUCUUUGCCAAGCCCCUUCCUACACUAAAGAGUGCUGGUAACUGUGAUCCUGAGAGAGGUAGAAUUGGCUGGUGAGGCUGAGAAUCUCUCGCCCAUUGAUAUCAGGGCCUCACGGGUCAAGGCUUGAAAGGUGGACCCAAUGUUGUGGACUGCUGGGCCUUAAACCUCGGUGUCCACCCGCAGGCUUGGCCCGAGGCCCUCCUGGGUUCUGGAGGCUCCAUGACUUAUUCUGCGGUGUCUCGGUGCUGUGUGGGAAAACCACAGCUGUUUGAAGUUACUCUACAAUGGGACUACAGGUUCCCUCUUCCUGGCCAACAAGCCUAGAAACCUGGUAUUUUUUGCCUGGUGCAAGAGUGGGGAAUGAGCACAUUCAGAAAACCCGAGAGCAGUGCCAGGCUGAGAGGGAGAAGGCCGAGCAGUGGGAUUUCCGAGCCCUGCUAACUGCAAUCCUUCUCUCUUCACAGAAGCGGAGCCACCUGACCCCCAGAGGACUGAGCUGGUACCUGCACCUGUUUCUGGGGGAAUUCUCCCAGGAAUCAAAGGGAAAGAGAGGCAAGCUCACACCAGCGGGGGGCGGGGGGACUGUGCCUAAUGUCUGUGACCAUUUCUUAUGAGAGUUUUUCUUCUAUUUAUUUGACUAUGUAUUAAUUUAUUUUCCAUGCUUUAAUAUUUAAAGAUGAGAUGGUAUUUUUUUCUAAUAUUUUAUUGUACUGUUUUUUAAGGAUCAUUUUUGAUGUUAAAUCAAAGUUAUUUUAGUACUAACUUAGUGAAAUAUUGUUUCAUUAAACUUGUUGGGCACCACGCCAGUCAGGGAGGGGAUGCAGAGAAGUAAUGAGAUGCACAUUUGCCUGGGGGAGUGUGUGUGUGCGCGCGCACGGGUGCGCAUCUGUUUUGUAACUGUUUAGAUGAAUGUCUACACAGCUGUUAUUUAUUGUAACACUUUCACAGAAUGUAGUCAACAUUUCUAAUGUUGAAACCUUAAGAACUACAAUGUUCUAAUUAUCCCUUGGACAUUUUAUGUCUUCUUUGUAAGGCACAAUGCCUUGUUUAGCCAUAACUGUGCGCUGUUUCUACAUAUUUUGGAGUAGAGAUAGAUUUAUUGAUAUAUUUUUAAAAAUA